ACAGUUGCCCAUUACACGGCAGAAGGUCGAGUGGGAGAAGGUUGGGGGAUACCGCCUGGGACAGGACAUCUCUGGCGGAAAGGGACGGUAGACGGUAGGUUCAGCGUGACCUUUUUAAACCAGCGUUCUUGUGUGUAGCGGGUAACUAGUGUUGUUAGUUCUUCACCAACUAGGCCAGUAGAUAUGCAGAGGGAAUGUAGAUAAGCGGGAUGCGCGAUCCCGAUAUCGCCAGUAAUUAAUUAGCCUUGCAGACGCCGUAUCAGGUAGCUUGAUCCGCUAACGCGUAUCUGAUCUGGGUGGGUGAACAGUGCCGAUUGCCCAUUUUCUUUCAUCACUUCUCCAAUGAAUCUCUGUACAUAAGUUUGCCACCCACUCACUCCCUUUCGUCCAUCCCUCCCAUUAUCUAUUAGGAUAAUCAUCUUGAUCUUAAUUCCACCCCUGCACCACCAACACUCACCCCAAUGCUCGACCGCCUCUCGCGCUUCUAUCGCCUCAACACAGGCUACGAAAAGACCCUCCGCCUAAUCCAAGCAAUAUGCCUCGUGGCACUGGAAAUCGGCUCUCUGGACAGCAUCACGACCAAACGAGUAUCAGCCGCUAAAUCCCAAUUAGCAUUGAUCCGCCGCUGUAUCCGCUUCUGGAAUUUCCUGGACUGCUUCAACCGCGUUUCCGCGCUCCUCGGACAAGACGCCCCUAAUCCCCGCAAGAAGAACCACCCUACUACUACUACUACUACUGCCACUACCUCGCCCACGGGGUUCCUGUGGUUGCUCGAGGUCGCGAAGUGGAGUUGCUUCGGGGUGUAUUUCCUCCUCGAGGAUUUGACGUUGCUCCACGUCGCGGAAAUCUACCCCGUCCCGUGGGCGAAGACGGUGACUGUCGAGGCUUUCAAGUUCUGGUACUAUGCGCUGGCGCUGUCGCUGUUUGGGGCGGUUUGGGAGUGGUGCGUUGGGGGUGCUGGGUCUGGGGUGAAGGGGGUGAGGAAGGGGAGGCGGGGUGCUGCUGGUGCUGGGGCUGGGAAGGAGAAGGGGAGGGCGGGCGCUGCUGCAAGCUGGAGUGGUGGAGGGUGA